GGGACGGGCUCUACGGCAGCCGGGAAGCGGCGAUGUCGGGGGAUGGCGAACGCUCCCCGUUGCUGCCCGCGGAGCUUGGCGAGCCGGGCGCUCCCGGGGCCCUGGCCGGGCCUGGCGGGCUUGUCCCUUCCGCGCCGCUCCCACCCUACGGGGGCCCCGCGGCAGGGAAGCCGGCCCCGCCCCAUGGCUUCCCACCGUUCCCAGAAGGGCAUCCAGCUGUGCUGCCCGGCGAGGACCCCCCGCCCUACUCACCCAUGGCCAGCCCCGACAGCGGCAGCGCCCCCAUGAUCACCUGCCGUGUCUGCCAGAGCCUGAUCAAUGUGGAGGGCAAGAUGCACCAGCACGUGGUCAAGUGCAGCGUCUGCAACGAGGCCACGCCAAUCAAGAACGCCCCCCCGGGGAAGAAGUAUGUGAGAUGUCCCUGCAACUGCCUGCUGAUCUGCAAGGUGACGUCCCAGCGAAUCGCCUGCCCCCGGCCCUACUGCAAAAGAAUCAUUAACCUGGGCCCGGUGCACCCAGGGCCCCUGAGCCCUGAGCCCCAGCCUGUGGGAGUGCGGGUCAUCUGUGGGCACUGCAAGAAUACUUUCCUGUGGACAGAGUUCACAGACCGCACCUUAGCCCGCUGCCCGCACUGCCGCAAAGUCUCCUCCAUCGGGCGCAGGUACCCCCGGAAGAGAUGCAUCUGCUGCCUCCUCCUGGGUGUCUUAGUGGCUGUAGCUGCCACAGGCCUAGCGUUCGGCACGUGGAAGCAUGCCCGGCGGUAUGGUGGGAUCUACGCCUCCUGGGCGCUGGUCAUUCUCCUGGCUGUUCUGUGCCUAGGCCGGGCCAUGUACUGGGCCUGCAUGCGAGUCAGCCACCCCGUCCAGAACUUCUCCUGAGCCACCCUUGCCGCAGGGAGCCCCGCCCAUCUCAGCCAGCUUCUGCCCAGCCCCCGGUCCGCUCCUGUGCCUCUCGCCUUGGUUCUGCUCCCCUCCCAU